UUUUGUUUUGACAUUUCAACCUCAUAUUAUAUCAAUCAUGCUUCGUUUCACCCCUAGAGUUUUCACCACCACUACUCGACAAGCUACUCGUGUCGUUUCUGCCAUGCCUGUUCUUGCACGACGAACCUACACCACUGAACCUCUCCCUACUCCUGGAAGUGCCGCCACCACCGAUCCUAAGAUUGCAUCCAUUGUUGAUCAAAUUGAAGGUUUGACUUUAUUACAAACUUCUGAACUCGUGUCACAACUCAAGACUCGUUUAAAUAUCCAAGAUAUUGCCAUGCCUGUUGGUGUUCCUAUGGCUGCUCCUACUGGUGGUGCUGCUGCUGCUGAAGAAGAAAAACCUGCUGAAAAGACUGAAUUCAAUCUCAAGAUCGAAAAGGUGGAUGCUGCUACUAAGGCCAAGGUGAUUCGUGAAGUUAAGAACUUGGCAGGUUUGAAUUUGGUGGAAGCCAAGAAAUUCGUUGAAAGUGUACCCAAGGUACUCAAGGAAUCUAUUAACAAGGAAGAAGCUGAAAAGUUGAAGAAGGCUCUUGAAGCUGUUGGUGCUACCGUUACUUUGGAAUAGAUUAUAGACCUCCCUCCACAUACUCUCACAUAUUAUACAUCACAACUUAUAGUCACAUACUUUUCCCUUUUGUCAUAUAUUUACAUACAUUCGUGUUUAGUCUUUUUUUUUUAUUUACUAUUUCCUUUUUGCACAUUAUGAUUUACUUUUCCCAAUAGAAAUCAAAAUACACAUUUAUAAAUCAUCUGUUUACAUACUUUUUCUUUUUUUUU